AUGUGCCACAUCAGCCGGUUCGUCCAGUACUGCUCCCUACACGUAUCCACACUCACGCUCACGGCAAUCGCGCUGGACAGACGCCAGGUAGGUUAACAGUCAUGCAUAACAUGGGUGAAUAUCGUGAAUGUCGUGUGUGUGCUUCAUCUAAUUAAAGUGUUGCAAUUUUCUUAGUCUAGUAAAAUAAAAUCUGUAAAGGAAAGCUGUAAGGGAAAGUGGGUGGCAGCGUCAGCUCUCGAAAGCGCGAGGGGGAGCUGUCCACGCGGCAGUGCUGAAAGUGCCUUAGCUCAAGAGGUUUCUCAAAUAGACUCGCUAAUUGUUAGCUGUUUACCAGGCUGACAGUUGAUACAGGCAACUAUUCUGUUGUUUUGUACUCUUAGAAAUACAUUUUUAGGCAUAGGUCUAUUUCAAUGGAAGCGUGACAGUAGAUGUAACAUUAAAUUAUUUGUUAUUGUCAUAGUUUGAGGGACAAGGCAGCUUCCAAGCUAUAGAGACAAGUAUGUUAUUUUCUGGCAUCUGCUGUAGUCUAUCCUUUCAAUAGAAUGAAUAUUUGGUGGCAUUCACAUUGAGUUGUUUUUCAUAGAGUUGUCUUGGAUAUGAGUCUACUAUGUAUUUAUGAGCUACAGAGCUCAAGCGGAGUUUGAGUACGAUUUUUAUCUCAAACCAACAGUGUGGUUUGUAAGGGAGGAGUGUGUAACAGAGAAUAGCCAGCAGGUGUGUGUAAUGGAGUGUGUGUCAUGGCCUGAUAAAACACUGUGUGUGUGUGUGUGUGUGUGCAGGUCAUUCUCCACCCUCUGAGGCCCCGCAUGUCCCCAGCUCGCGGCGUUGUGUGUGGUGAUUCUCAUCUGGGUUCAUGGGCCAGCUUGCUUCUCCUUGCCUCAUGCCAUCUACCAGAAGCUCCUAACCUUCGUGUACAGGUACACGCACAUAAAUACCACACACACACACUUCACCUUUGUGUACAGGUACCCAUCCACCCCACAUGCACACGCAUGCACACACACAAAUCGAUAGAACAAAUACUUCACGCACAGGUACCCACACAUACACACACACACACACACACUAAAUCGAUAGAACAAACACCUCACCUUCGUGCACAGGUACCCCACCACACACAACACACACACACACACACACACACACACACACACACACACACACCUAUAUCGAUCAACCAAACACUUCACGUUGUGUACACAAUGCCCACCAGUAUUAUUUUCUCACACUUCUCUCUUUCCUCCAGCCUCUCUCACUCUCGCUCUCUUGUUUGGGGUUCCAAUAUUCUUGCUGUUUCUCUUGUUGAAUUUUUCACGAGUGUAUUCUUCCCUGUGUUAUACUCAUAGCUGGUUAUGGGCUCUCGCUCAUUCUCUCUCUUCUCCCUCCUUUCAAUCUCCUUCUCACACCCUCUCCCUUCUCUCCCCCUCUCAGUAAAGAGAAGGUGCGCAGCCUUUGUGUCCCCGACUUCCCCCGAGCCCUCUGACGUCUACUGGCAGUGCAUCGACCCUCCUCACCUUCAUCCUCCUCUACGUCCUACCCUCCUCAUCAUCACCCGCUGCCUACUCAACCGUGGCCACGCCGCCGUGGCGACGUAACGCUAUCGGUGGACACCACCCACUGCGCAGUUCGCUGUGCAACGGCGGCAAGCGUCGGCGCACCCUGGCUAUGUUGUUGGCGGUUGUUGGGGUGUUCGCGGUUUGCUGGUUCCCUCUGAACUGCUAUGUGUGCUUCUCUCCAGCCAGGCCAUUCAGUCAUCCAAUGCCUUGUAUUUCUGUUUUCAUUGGCUAGCGAUGAGCUCGACGUGUUACAAUCCCUUCAUCUACUGUUGUCCUGAACCCUGCCUUCCGCCAGGAGCUAAAGCUGCUAUUGGGCAUGUGCUGGAGGAGGGGGCGUGGAGGGGUGGGGCCGGUGCUGGUGGCUCCGCCCUCCUGCGCACCCUGCCCAGAGAGCCGCCUGGCCGGAGAGCCGCACCUGCUCUCGGCCGAGUCACGCCUCUUCACACCCGAGCCACGCCUCUUCUCGGCCAAGCCACUCCUCAUCCUUUCACCAGCCUCCUAA